CAACGUCACUCGCUGGAGAUGUUUUUGUCCACGAAUGAGUUUAUUAAUUUUCUGCUAAUCGUGCUAUUAAAUAAGGUUUUAUAUUAGAAAUACUAGUAAGUAAGGUGAAAAAUCUAGUGGCCUAAUUGCAGUAAAUAAACGGCAUCAUGUUGAGCUUAAAAGAUCGGCAGAUAAAUGCCAUCAAGCAAAUGUUAAAUCUGAAUCAACCUCAGACCAAGGCCCUUGCUGCGGAACCAGUCUGGAAGCUGCUCAUCUAUGACCGAAUCGGACAGGAUAUCAUUUCCCCGCUGAUUGCCAUCAGGGAGCUGCGAGAGUUGGGCGUCACCCUGCAUAUCCAACUACAUUCGGACCGAGACUCAAUUCCGGAUGUGCCGGCCAUCUAUUUUUGUGCUCCAACGGAGGAAAAUCUGGGCCGUAUAGCGCAAGAUUUUCAAAAUGGGUUGUACGAUGUUUACCAUCUGAAUUUCAUUUCGCCUAUAUCCAGGCAGAAGUUAGAAGAUUUGGCCGCUGCUGCCUUGCAGGCUGGUUGUGUGGCCAACAUUCACAAGGUGUACGAUCAGUAUGUGAACUUUAUAACUCUAGAGGACGAUAUGUUCGUAUUGAAGCACCAGAACAGCGAUUCGCUUUCGUACUACGCCAUCAAUCGAGCAAACACACAGGACUUUGAGAUGGAAGGGAUCAUGGACAGUAUAGUGGACAGCUUGUUUUCUGUUUUUGUCACGUUGGGAAACGUUCCAAUAAUUCGGUGUCCAAAAAAUACUGCGGCCGAAAUGGUUGCCCGAAAGUUGGAGAAGAAACUACGGGAAAAUUUAUGGGACGCGCGGAAUAAUUUGUUCCAUAUGGACGCAACCCAAACUGGGGCUUUUAGCUUUCAGAGACCGCUGCUGAUUUUGAUGGAUCGAAACAUGGACAUGGCUACACCGCUGCAUCACACCUGGACCUAUCAGGCCUUAGCACAUGACGUUUUGGAACUGGCUCUGAAUCGGGUAAUCGUUGAAGACGAUUCCGAAAAGACAACAUCAACUGGAGCAAAAUCGAAGAUGAAGGCAUGCGAUUUGGAUUCCAGGGAUAAAUUCUGGGGCUCGCAUAAAGGUAGUCCUUUUCCGACGGUAGCAGAAGCUAUUCAGGAAGAACUAGAACAGUACCGUUCAUCCGAAGAUGAAAUUAAGAAACUGAAAUCUACUAUGGGAAUCGAUGGUGAAUCAGACGUGGCAUUUUCGAUGGUGAAUGACAACACCGCCAAACUUACUAGCGCAGUCAAUUCCUUACCCCAGUUGAUGGAGAAAAAACGGUUAAUCGAUAUGCACACUAAAAUAGCGACCGCAAUUCUCAACUGCAUCAAAUCGAGGAGGCUGGAUUCCUUUUUCGAGCUGGAGGAAAAAAUAAUGUCCCGGCAAGCCUUGGACCGAGCAUUGGUUGAUGUACUGAAGGACCCAGAAUUUGGAACUAGCGAAGAUCGAAUGCGUCUAUUUAUCAUUUACUAUAUCUGUUCUAGUGUACCUGAUUCAGAAUAUCAAAAGCUGGAACAGGUUCUGAAGGAAUAUGGCUGUGAUUUGGCACCGAUGCCUUAUUUGCAACGUUGGAAAAGCAUAAUGAAGAGCACAGUUUGCAAUCCGAACCAGUACGAAGGAAGCGGUACCCGAACAGUUUCUAUGUUUUCUAAACUUGUAACACAAGGUUCGUCAUUCGUUAUGGAAGGCGUGAAAAAUUUGGUGGUUAAACGGCAUAACCUCCCGGUAACGAAAAUCACCGAACAGCUGAUGGAGUGCCGAGCUGGCGGUGAAGUGGACGACUAUCUGUAUCUGGAUCCCAAGCUGCUAAAAGGUGGUGACAUCGUGCCGAAAAAUCGGGCCCCCUUCCAGGAUGCGAUCGUAUUUAUGGUCGGCGGUGGGAACUAUAUCGAGUACCAAAAUUUGGUAGAUUUCAUUCGGACCAAGCAGACGGGCAACACCAACCGUAGGAUAAUCUAUGGCGCGUCCACGCUGACGAAUGCCAAGCAGUUUUUGAAGCAGCUGUCACUGCUGGGACAGGAAAUUGGGGGUGCUUAAGCGAGUGGUGGAGCUUGUUACGCGAGGGGUGACCGAACGGGUAGGAUACUUCAGUACUACAUUGUAAUCAGUUAUAUUUGUUAGCUUAUUUUAUAUUUACCAGAUAAAUUAAUGCAAUAGAUAUACCAAUUCAAACGGCA